AUGGCGUAUCCAGGACAAGGCGGUCAUCACUAUCAACAGCAGCAGCACCAGCAGCAGUAUGGCGGAGGUGGAUUCCCGCAGCCUCCGCAGGGGUACGGCCAGCCCGGCUAUGGUGCACCACCUCCGCAGCCCUAUGGUGGCGGCGGCGGGUACGGCGGCUACGGUGCCCCUCCCGGCCCGCCUCCUCCCCAGGGCGGCGGCUACAACCCGCAGUUUGCACAGGGCCAGAUGAGCUACGGCUACGCUCCGCCGCAGGGCCAGGUCGGCCCGCAGGAGUACUCGACCGGCACCGUCCACUACAAGCCUCAAGGCGGCAUGAUGGGCAACCAGCGUUACGAGUACUCGAACAUGCAGGGAAAGCGCAAGGCGCUCCUGAUUGGCAUCAACUACUUUGGCCAGCGCGGCGAGCUGCGCGGGUGCAUCAACGACGUCAACAACCUCAAGCGCUUCCUGGUCUCGCGGGGCUACAAGGAGGACGACAUGGUCAUCCUCACCGACGACGCCCGCGACCCGCGCAGCAUGCCCACCCGUCAGAACAUCAUCGCCGCCAUGAACUGGCUCGUCCGCGGCGCCAAGCCCGGCGACGCCCUCGUCUUCCACUACAGCGGGCACGGCUCCCAGGCGCCGGCGAGCCAGGGCGACGAGGCAGACGGGAUGAACGAGACCAUCUGCCCGCUCGACUACGAGAGGGCCGGCAUGAUCGAGGACGAUGAAAUGCACAUGCUCAUGGUCAGGCCCCUGCCGGUGGGCUGCCGUCUGACUGCCCUGUUCGACUCUUGCCACUCGGGUACCGCCCUCGACCUGCCCUACGUCUACUCGACCUCGGGACAGAUCAAGGAGCCCAACAUCGCCGCCGGCGUCGGCAAGGGCGUGCUCGGAGCGGCCAUGGACUACGCGCGCGGCGAUGUCGGCGGCAUGGUCAAGGGCCUCUUUUCGACGUUCAAGACGGCCAAGAACACCAACAGCGCCGAGGCCAUUACGCGCGAGACGCGGAGCAGCGGCGCCGACGUCGUCAUGCUGAGCGGCUGCAAGGACUCGCAGACCAGCGCCGACGCCACCGAGGCCGGCAAGGCCACGGGCGCCAUGAGCUGGGCGUUUAUCAAGGUCAUGACCGAGUACCCGCAACUGACCUACAACCAGCUGCUGAAUGCCACACGAGACAACCUGGCCGAAAAGUACAGCCAGAAGCCUCAGAUGUCGUCGAGCCACCCGAUCGACAUGGACCUUCUCUUUGUGAUCUAG